UCCUCUUCCUCAUUACAGAGAGACACACAGACAGAGACGAUCAACUUCACCAUCAGACCAAAGUCAGACAAGAAGAGCGUCUUCUGAGUGAGUUCAGCCUUCUUCACCCCGCAGACACUCACACACUGAAGUUUCACUCAGAGACAAAAUGGCUUCCAGAUCAGAGGAGGAUCUCAGCUGUCUGGUCUGUCAGGACGUCUUCAGAGAGCCUGUUGUUCUGUCCUGUAGCCACAGCUUCUGUAAAGACUGUCUGCAGUGCUGGUGGAGAGAGAAACAAUCACAGGAGUGUCCAGUUUGUAAGAGAAGAUCUUCAAAGGAACAACCACCUGUUAGUCUGGUUUUAAAGAACCUGUGUGAAGCCUUCAGAGACCAGAGAGUUUCAGGUGACUUCUGUAGUCUGCACUCUGAGAAACUCAAACUCUUCUGUCUGGACCAUCAGCAGCCGGUGUGUCUCGUCUGCAGAGACUCAGAACAACACACCAACCACAGAUUCAGACCCAUCAGUGAAGCUGCACAACAACACAAGAGGAAGCUUGGAGAAACUCUGCCAACCUUAAAGGAGAAGUUAAAGAUUUUUGAACAAGUUAAAGUAAAGCUCAGUCAGACAGCAGAAUACAUGAAGGUCCAGGCCCGACACACAGAGAGGCAGAUUAAGGAUCAGUUUAAGAAGCUGCACCAGUUUCUAGCAGAGGAAGAGGAGGCCAGGAUGGCUGCACUGAGGGAGGAAGAGGAGCAGAAGACUCGGAUGAUGAAGGAGAAGAUGGAGGCUCUGAGCAGAGAGAUAGCAGCUCUUUCACACACAGUCAGAGCCACAGAGGAGCAGCUGAGAGCGAAAGACGUCUCAUUCCUGCACAACUACAAGGCUGCAGUGGAAAGAGUCCAGCAGCGCCCCCUGCUGGAGGAUCCACAGCUGCCCUCAGGAGCUCUGAUAGACCAGGCCAAACACCUGGGCAACCUGAGCUUCAACAUCUGGAACAAGAUGAAGGACAUGGUCUCCUACACUCCUGUGGUUCUGGACCCAAACACUGCUGGGCUAAAACUCAUCCUGUCUGAAGAUCUGAGCAGUGUGAGAGGAGGAGAGAAACAGAAGCUUCCUGAUAAUCCAGAGAGGGUUGUUAACGUCUAUUCUGUCCUGGGCUCUGAGGGCUUUAACUCAGGGACUCACAGCUGGGAUGUCGAGGUUGGAGACAGUACCUUCUGGUUACUGGGUGUGUGUGCAGAGUCUGUAAACAGGAAGGGUAACAUAUGGUCUGGAUUCAGAGGUAUUCAGUUAAACAAUGGUAAAUACACAGCACACUCACCAUCACCUCCAGACACUGUUCUCGUAGUUCAGAAGAAGCCCCAGAGGAUCAGACUGAUUCUGGACUGUGACAGAGGGAAGCUGUCGUUCUCUGAUCCUGACACGAACACACACAUACACACCUUCACACACACUUUCACUGAGAGGAUGUUUCCACACAUUUACAGUAUGAAUAACCUAAAGAUAUUACCACUGAAGGUGUGUGUGACAGUGGAGCAGAGCAGGUAGAGAUAAAGAUGAUGCUUAUAUUUACGUUUAUUUCUUAAACCGAAGUCACUGAAUCGGACCUGUUAAGCUUCACGUGCUCCUCCUUCUGCUUCAUUUCUCCAAACAUCUGUUCCUGUUGUUUCUUUUCUUUUAGUUCAACUGACAGUCUUUGUUUGCGUUGUCAACUUUUUUAGGUGUAAACUUAUUUCACCUAUAAUUUCAUUCUUUGUAUGUUUGGGUCUUUUAGCCUGUCAAAAGUGUGUCAUUUAAAAAUGUUUUUUUUAUUUUGUUUUAACUCAUGAGCAUCGCAUGAUUACAGAUGAUCACUCUUUGGGAGCUGAUGGAUCCAAAUAAAGAAAAAAGAAUCACUUGA